GUCUCUCAGCUGCUCCUUGAGAUCCACCAUCUGUCACUUUGAACAAUCAGAGCCUUUAUAUUUCUUUGUUCUUGGAGUUAUUCCAAAGACACUAGUCGUUCGGACUGUUCUCGUUCCCACCACUCAUAAAGCCUCAGAGUCCUUAUUCCACUGCCAUGGUUUGAUCCAAACAUGGAGGGCGAUGCAGGCGGACCUCGACGGCCAAACUUCCCUCUCCAGCUUCUCGAAAAGAAGGAAGCGAACUCAUACUCCACCUCGGGCUACGCCUCGUUCGCUAUCUCCCCAAACCCCGCUGCGGGAGGCAGCGGCCAUGAGCUCGUCGCUGAUCUCCCGAGAAAGCCGGCGCCUAAGCGGAGCUCCACCAAGGACCGGCACACCAAAGUCGAUGGCCGCGGCCGCCGCAUCAGGAUGCCCACCCUCUGCGCGGCCCGCGUGUUCCAGCUGACGCGCGAACUCGGCCACAAGUCGGACGGCCAGACCAUCGAGUGGCUCCUACAGCAGGCCGAGCCGGCUGUCAUCGCCGCCACCGGCAGUGGCACCAUCCCUGCCAAUUUCACAUCCCUCGGCAUCUCCCUACGACGCUCUGGCUCGAGCAUCUCCACUCCUCCUGACUUCAACACCACGACCACUCCACUCACUGACCAGCGCAUAUGGGACUACGUCGGCAGCUCGGACUUCUCCUCCGACUGGCGGUCGUCGUCGUCAUCAUCAUCAUCAUCAUCCGUUCUCCUAAACUUCAAUUCCGGUAGCGUUGGGCUCCACGCGUCAUCAGAUGCCAACAACGAAAACAUUACCAAGCGCUGGUGGGAAUCGGAGUUUCACCAUCAACAGCAGCAUCAGAUGGAAGAACAUAACCAGGCAAGCCACGGUCGGAUCCCAGGAACUGUGUGGAUGGUGACAAACCCUAACACACAAGGUAUGGUAGGUGGUGGGGGAAGCGAUAGCGAGCCAAUCUGGGCAUUCCCUCAGGUGGGCAGCAGCACCAUGUUUAGAGGACCUGGUUCCAGUGGGCUACAUUUCAUGAAGGCACCUACUUCCAUGGCUCUUCUGCCAAGCCGGGAGCUGGGUCUCCAUCCCGGUGGUAGUGGCGGUGGUGAGGGGCACAUGGGGAUCGUGGCAGCCCCAGACAGUACUUCUCGGCCACCGAACACCUCCCAAGCGAUGCGGUCGGGGCCACAAUAAGCACUCGGACGUCGAGCAGGCCCGGCGCGUAGCUCUCGAUCGGUCCUCCAACCUUGCAUGCAUUCAUGUCUUACGUCUUCAGAUCUAAUGGGGAAGACAACCGAUCGCACACUAGCAGGCUCACACAGAUUGAGGAGGCAAAACUCAUUUGACCGUGAUGGAAUUGAUCCUCGAUGAUCGAUGAUGAAGAUCCUCGAGGCCGAACCACUCUUCAACGCCUUCUUUUCUGCAACAAAAUCUUUGUCGGAAGCACCUCUCGAUAGGUCCCUGCAAGAUGGAUUUAUAUAGUAGUGAGAUUUAUUGACAAGCCUUUUUUAGAUGGGGAAAUCCUAAUCCCUUCUGUUUCGAUUGCUGUCAUCGUGAAUUCGUUCCAUUGUCAUUUGUCCUCUUCUACCA